GCGCAGCCUCUUCUUCUUCAGAGAAUGACAUGUCAGAUUUUGCAUAGUGUUGUUGAUGUGCAUCGCCCCCUCAACUCCGUUCAUUCAAACUCUUCCACUCCCACAAAUCGCACCCAGAUAUUUUCCCACUGUUUCCUUCCAAUUCAAUCACUGACCACCCAAACUACAAUCACUAUUCUUCUUCCCUCUCUUCUCUUCAUUUCCCUCUUCCCCCUUCUGUAAAAACCUAUGGACUCUUCCUUCCCCAACUGAAUUGAAAUUGAGUUCAUCUGUGGGUCUGUCCGUGUUCUGUGGACUGUAAUUCGAGAUUAUCUUGAAGAAAGGCUUCAGCUUUGAGCUGCUUGCGCACCCGCGAAACCAACCUGUCACAUGGGAUUGGCGCUAAUCACCGGCGAAGGCAGGAUUGCGAGGAAGACUUCGAACUUAGGGAGCUCUUCAUGGAACCACCGCAACUGGGUUUGAUCGAGCAGUCCUUCAAUAGCAGGUACUCCAACUGGGCACGCGAGGCGCUCGACGAAUUGCCUGACAACUUCACCAUCACCGAUCCUUGCAUUUCGGGCCACCCAAUCGUGUUCGCCAGCGGGGGCUUUCUCAAGAUGUCUGGUUACUCGCGCGACCAAGUGAUUGGGAGGAACGGCAGGAUUUUCCAAGGCCACAACACUUGCAGAAGGUCGGUCAUGGAGAUUCGGGAGGCGAUUCGGGAGGAGCGCGAGGUGGAGAUCAAUUUGUUGAAUUAUCGGAAAGACGGGACGCCGUUCUGGAUGUUGUUUCGGAUGACGCCGGUCUUUGGUAAGGAUGAGGGCCGGGUGAUUCAUUUCGUCGCCGUUCAGGUUCCCAUCCUGCCCCGGAGGCAGCGGAGGGGAAAUGGGGAGAGAUUUUGUGACGGGAUUUGGUCUAAUUCCUGCAGAAGGGAAGUCUGCUCCAGUUCAUCGGUGGAAUUGGCUGGAGUUUCAGAGGCGGAUUCCGGCUGUAGAGCACUUGAGGUCGAAGAACAAUGCGAGGCAAGCGACACAGAGAAGCAAAUAGCUGCAACUGCUAUUAGAAACGUGUUGUCCGUGCUAACCCACUAUAGCGAAUCAACGGGAAGAUUGGUGUGUGAGAAGAGAUUUGGCCCCAACCUUGUCAGUUCAUCUUUACAUAUCUCUCUUGGUAGAAUCAAACAAAGCUUUGUAUUGAUGGAUCCACACAUGCCGGAGAUCCCUAUUGUUUAUGUUAGUGAUACCUUCUUAAGAAUGACGGGGUAUGCUCGAAAUGAAUUUAUAGGGCAAAACUGCAGUUUCUUAACUGGUGUUGAUACAGAUCCCUCGGCUCUACAUCAGAUAGAGCUAAGUAUCCAAGCUCAACAAGCAUGCUCAGUACGUAUUUUACAUUACAGGAAGGAUAAGAGCUUUUUUUGGAAUCUUCUGCACAUUUCACCAGUUCGUAAUGCUACUGGCAAGACUGAUCUCGAGUGAUGGAAUAGAGAGGACUUGCAAAUGUAUAGAACGAACAGGAACAAAUAAUCCCAGCUGAGGUUGAAGUAGUAAAUCAUUUGUUUUCUUCACAUCCACUAACCACUCGAAACCGAUUGGAAUGACCUCUUGUUCGGGUCACUUCUGUGUUUCGGAUUUGCACGACUCAGUCGAUCCUUCUUCUUACUCUUUAUCCCUAUGUUUGUUCGUUCAGAUAGCAUACUUUGUGGGUGUCCAGAUCGAAGAAGGCAGUUUGGAUCGACAUGGAUUGAGUCCUGAGAUGAGGCAGCUGAGCGUCGUUGGAUCAAUCAAGGUGGCCGUGAGGAGUUCAUCAAUGUCAUCUUCUUCCUCCAAAGCAUCAUAACCUUCAAUGGAUCCAUACACCAGCGCAGAGAGAGAGAGAGAGAGAUAGAAUCCUCUCGCUGUAGCAGAGCAAUCCUUGAGGUUGACCUUAUAUACGUACAUAACGUUUUGAACAAGAAAUUUCAAGUCUUUUUAGCAGUGUUAUUAAGACCGGACCGAGCCGGCCGGUCGGACCGCUAAAGUCGCCAUCCGAUCGCUAAACCGGCUCGGGCCAGUCAUUUAGCUGCUACGGUUUUAUGGAGCGGUCGGCGAGCGGCCAAGGCGGCUAACCACUCGAACCGGUCGCUCAGUUUUCCUCUUACAGCCGUUCAAUUUAAUAAAAAAAAUUGAAAAGGAAAAUUGAAAACCAAA